AUGGACGAAGUGACGCUGGUGAUCAUGUCAACCGCCUCCCACUUGAACGGCCUGAUCAAGAUGAUGUUCUUCCACUACGACAGACGGCGCUACAAUGCGCUGACUCGCCGCGUGGCCGCGCUGCUUUCGAUCCAGAGCGACGUCUGCGACACGGAGUCUCCAAUGGCGGCCAUCGUGGACAGCUCUCAGAGGCACGCCUUCCGCCUCUCGCUGUCUCUGGUGCUCUUCAUGUUCGCCCAGUGCUUCGUGUGGUUCCCCAUGCCCCUGUACACACACCCAGAGACGAGGCGCCUGCCCUUCGCUCAGCACGCCUGGGACAAUAACUCCAACCUAUACGGCCUCUCGUACUUUGCCCAGUGCUCGGCGGGAUUGUGGACGACGCAGAUAAGCUUCGGCUUGGACUGUCUCUUCGCGUCGGCCAUGAUCCUGGUGACUGCGCAGCUGGAUAUUCUCGCGAGGCGUAUUCUGGCCCUGAAGUGUGAUACCUACAAGGAGAAAGUCGAACAUUCUGAGAAGAAGCCAAUGGCGAAAUUCGGUGAUAAAGUGUACAACGAUUUGUGCCUUUGCGUCGAAAGUCAUCAAAAAAUUCUUAGGUACGCAAUGCAACACUUUAUUAAUGGUAUGGACGCUUCAGAUAUGUAA